GGCGGGGAAACUCUGGCCCUCUACCUCACUCGUUCUGUCGGGCAUUGCUGAGGGAGAAUCCACAUUGAUUUGGUCACAUAUCGCCUUCUUUUGUGUGGGAAAACUGUACGCGCGAUACUUUCAUUUCAACUUUCCCAUGCGUACGAUGUGAGGAAAAUGUCCGAGCCAAGUUCUGACUGGGUGGAGAUCCUGGAGCCCCGUUCGCGGGAGCGCAUGUACGUGAACCUGGCGACGGGCGAGUGCGGCUGGGAGCCCCCGGCGGGCGUGCCGGUGCGCCAGUCGGACGGCAACCAGUGGUGGGAGCUGUUCGACACGGUCACCAGCCGCUUCUACUACUACAACUGCAGCACGCAGCAGACGGUGUGGCACCGGCCGGCCUCCUGCGACGUGGUGCCCCUGGCCCAGCUGCAGGCCAUGAAGAGGAGCUCCGGAGGAGGAGGAGGAGGUGGUGGUGGCUAUGGGGUAGGGGGAGAGGGGGGCAGGAAGACGCCCCUGCCGGGGGGAGUGAGUCCCGUGCCUAUGCUCAGGAGCUCCGGGAGAGAGACGCCGACGUUGAGGGACAGGCGAGGGGACAGCCUGGAGGGCAGGAGAGAAGGCAGCCGGGACCCUGUUCAGAGAUGGCAGCCUGCUCCGGGCUCCAAGGCGGCCAUGUUGGUGAAGGUGAGCAGUGGCAGGACCCAGUCGCCCGGACCCACUAGCGCCCUACAGCUCCUCUACGCCCCCAGCGGCAGCAACAGCAGCAGUGCAACCAAGCCCCUCUACCAAGCUCACAGCAGUCCCUUCGGAGCCAAGAUGUCCCUCCCCGCAGACCCCAAGCAGGCCUACCAUCUCAAGAAAGACAGCGGUGGUGGUGGUGGUGGUGGUGGUGGAGGUCACGCCUGCCUGAUCAUGCCCAUGAGCGCGCCAGCCUUCGUCACCCCGCAGCGCUCGCAGGCGGGCACGCCCCGGCCCUCCUCGCCCCAGUACGGCGCCACGGCCCCCAUCUACGACGAGCCUCCCAUGGACCCGCCCAUCUACGACGAGCCGCCCGUGGAGAUGGAGGUGGAGGGGGCGCACCUGCUGAACCGCCGCGGCCGUUCACCGCCUCCCAGCGUCGGCCUCUACUCCCCCAGCCACAGCCUGCCCAGGCUGGGCCACGGCUCUCAGCCCAAGCUGCUCCAGUACCCGGCGUCCCACCUGGGGGCAGGCAAGCACCGGCGCAGCCCCUCCGCCACCGAGUACAGCCCCGCCGGGCGGGAGUGCAUCAAGCACAUGGUCAACGUGGAUCCGGCCGUCAACAAGCAAACGGGCCUCAUCGUGACCCACCACCACCCGGCGGCCGUGGUGGUGCCGUCGGCUCCCGAGUCGGCCACCUUGCAGAGCCAGGAACGCUUGCUGCACCACCACCAGCCCCACCAGCCCUUAUCCGUGCUCCAAGCCCAGAAAGGAGGCGGAGGAGGGCACCAGCGCGAGCCCAGCCUGGAGAAGAAGCACUCGUGGAGGUUACUGGAGGCCGGCGGAGGCCUGAUGAAACGCUCCGACAGCGGUGGUGGCGACGGAGCGAGGCACAGCCGGCAGAGCAGCCUGGCGUCCCAGCAAGAGUACCCCGGCCCGGCCGCCAUCACCUACCAGGACUCCGGGUACUCCACGGGGCCCUCGCCCAGCCUGCGACGCAAGAACCGCAGACGACCCCCCGGGGGCCUUACCGGCUUAACCGGGGGAGGAGGAGGAAGCAUCGGCGGACUCCCAGGCGGCCUAAGCGGCGGCCACGGACGUCCAGGGUCGGUGGGCAGCGCCGGCGAGCUGAGCGCCCUCAACGACAAGCUGAUGGCGGAGAUGCGCUGCGCGGUGGUCAGCCGCUCCAACACCAUCCACGGCAGCAAAGCCAGCCUGGACACCGAGAUGGGCUCCGACGGUGGCACCAUGGGGACGGGCUCCUCGGGGGGCCCACGCGCCCGCACCCCGCUCCAAAUGCUGCACAAGUACGCCAGCGGCGGCAGCGGCGGGAGCGGAGGAAUGUGCGUGAUGGGCGUGGGCGUGGGUGGCUCGUCUCCGUCGCUCCGCGGAAGCUCCAGGGAGGACGUGAGGGCGAGUAACCGCUCGCUGUACAGGCCAACGGGGGGAAGCCAGGCCGAGUUGCCCCUGUCGCCACUGGCUGCGGAGGCGGCGGCGGUAGCCAUGGGAGGAGGGGUCAGGCAGAAGAGGACCUACGAGAAGGUGGACUCACUGGAGAAGAGCAUCACCUCCCAAACCAGCCUGUCCUCUGUCCCCGAGCCACCACACACACCCUCACAGACAGGAACACUGGACUCCAAGGGCCAGCUGGAGAUCUCACUGCAGGAAGAAGGAGGAGGAGGAGGAGGAGGAGGAGGAGGUGACGGCAGUGGCGGGCAUCAGGAGCAAGGGCACAGCCAUGGCACACAGACGACGGGCAGCGCCAACGACAGCUUCCCCCAGCAGGACCCUCGCAGCAGCAACGCCAACAGCGCCAGCACCAACGGGCACCACCAAAACAACAACGACGCCAACAACGGCAGCCAGCUGAUCAUGGUGAGUGGCGGCGGGGGCAAUAACAAUGGCGGCGGCGGCGGCGGCGGCAACGGGCAACAAGUGAGCUACCAGUACCCCUACGCCACCCUCUGCAAGCCCUGCCCCGACGCCAACAUGGUGGACUGGGCCAGCAAGAACCUGAACCUGCACACCCAGGGCCUGUUCCGCCGCCGCGUCUCCAUCGCCAACAUGCUCAGCUGGCAGCGCACCUCCAUCAAGAAGCCCAUGCUGGUGACCAGCGACCGCGCCGUCAAGAAGGAGGCCUGCGAGAUGUUCAAGCUGGUGCAGACCUACAUGGGCGACCGCACCGCCGCCAGGGUGGACAGGAAGCACGCCGCCCUGCUGGUCGUCACCAAGUGCUGGGGCACACAGGGCCUGCGUGACGAGCUUUACGUGCAGCUGGUGAGGCAGACCACGGGCAACGGGAGCCUGCGCAGCCUUGGCUGGGGCUGGGAGCUCAUGGCCAUCAGCCUGGCCUUCUUCUCCCCAUCGCCCAAGUUCAGAAGAUACCUGGAGGGAUACAUCCAGAGGCACAUGGAGCCCAGCAACGACAAGAAGAUCCUGCAGCUGAUCCAGGAACAGCAGGAGCUGAAGAACAAGAAGAACUCCAAAUCCAGGAAGAAGCGCAAGCAGAACACUGAGGAGGAGGAGGAGCAGGGUCUACCGGUCAGCACUUAUGCCAAGUACUGCUACCGCAAGCUACAGAAGGUUGCAGUCACAGGAGGGAAGAAGGGCUUGAGGAAGCCCACCCUGGAGGAGAUCGAUCACGGCCGGAACGCCAUCGUGACGCCCUCGCUGUUCGGCUCGGCCCUGGAGGAGAUCAUGGAGCGGCAGAGCCAGCUGUUCCCCGAGCGCCGCCUGCCCUGGGCACAGGUGCAGCUCUCGCAGUGCGUACUGGCCCUGGGCGGAGCACAGACCGAGGGCAUAUUCAGGGUACCGGGCGACAUCGAUGAGGUCAACGCCCUCAAGCUCCAGGUGGACACGUGGAAACUUCCAGAGAACCUAUCGGAUCCCAACGUCCCAGCCUCUCUGCUGAAGUUGUGGUACAGGGAGCUGGAGGAGCCGGUGAUUCCUCAGGGUUUCUAUAAGCAGUGCAUCAGCAACUAUGAGGACCCCGAGGCUGCCAUCAGCGUGGUGCAGUGCCUGCCCGAGCUCAACAGACUGGUGCUCUGCUACUUCAUCAACUUCCUGCAGGUGUUUGCUCAGCCUGUGAACGUGAGCAAGACGAAGAUGGACGUGAACAACCUGGCCAUGGUGAUGGCGCCCAACUGUCUGCGCUGCCAGUCGGACGACCCGCGCAUCAUCUUCGAGAACACGCGCAAGGAGAUGUCCUUCCUGCGCGUGCUCAUCGUGCACCUGGACACCAGCUUCAUCAAGGGCGUUAUAUGAGGGGCAGGUGUGCUUUGGGGUGCAGAAAUGGACUUUGUGACACUUCUAGGGCACUGCUUCCCCCCUCCCCACCGCACUAUCCGCUAAUUAUUGGGAUCCAACAGCAUUCAUCAAGGAUGUCAUCUGAAAGGCGGGGGAUGCAGAACUGAGCUUGUUUUGCCACUUGUAGGACACAGAUAGCCUACCUCCCCCUCCCCCUACCCACCACCAUCAACUAAUCAUGAAGGACAACUCCUGAGGAGGUCUAACACACUCAUAUCGUCCCCUUUUCUGCUAAUGCAUCUUCAGCUAAUCAUUGGGAUCCAUCAGCUUCAUCAGGGCGUCAAAUGAAGGGGAGGUGUACUGUAUGCCUGGACUUUUUUUGCCACUUAUGUGGCACUGCCACCACCUCCUCAGUUAACGCAUCAGUUCAUCAUUGGGUUCCAGGGUGUCAUCUGAAGGGGGGAGGUGCAGAAUUGGACUUUUGGACUGCACCUCCAUUUAAUCUGAGGGCCUCAUUUGACUCAUUGGACACUCGUGGGGUACUUGUCUCACCUUCUCCUUAAGCUACCACUCGUUCUUUGGUUGCCAAUGCAAGUGGCAUCAUCAAGGGCAGCAUCUGAUGGUGCACACCAAGUUGGGAGCUUGUGGGGCCCUGGAAAGAAUAGAAGUUGCCUGAUGAAGACCCUGUUGGGUCGCAACGAUUUUUGACCGUAAUAAAACCUUCAAAGCGGAGUUACAGUGUGCGGACUUCUACUUUUUCUAUCGUCAGAUACGUCUUUGUCCUGAACCUGGCCUCAGAGAGGUGGGAUGUGGAUGCUCUUACUGUUAAGGAAGGUUGUGGGGCACUGCCACCCUCUCCAUAGCUACUGCACCUCCUAAUGAUUGGGAUCCAUCAAGGGUGUCAUCUAUGCCAGGCACACUGGACUAAUGUCCACCCGCACCCCCCCAAAAAAAAAACAGCUAUCGCAUCCCCUACCAGUCCUUGUUUCGAUGGAUCCAGAGUCGUCAGGUGACCACCACCAACACAUUACCCUACUCUUCUGCUGCAGCCUCACACUUGCACUCACGGUUCAUUUAUUAGGUACAGCACCACUAAUCAGUCUGUUAUCUUUCAUCCCACACAUCAUCUGAGCAGAGUACCUGGACACAUACAGUAUGACAACCGCCACUCCAGAAAAGCACCACCAUGGCAUCAACAACCUACACCAUCUCACCUACAUUUAAAGGCAUUAUCUGAAGGAGCCUGGACCUGGACUAAUGUGAUCCUCUCCAAAUAUACACCCACCACUCCCCCACCCCACAUUUUCAACUUUACUCUCACCCCAAACACCCACACAUGUCCACCCCCCAACCCACUGGUCUCUGCCUCUUUCCACCCCCAGCCACCACCUCCUCUGGUGUGGUUUCUUCACUCAGUCAGCCUGGGUCUCUCCUCUGGCUCCAUCCCUUCUCCAUCAGCUCAGUUCAGGAAACCGCUCCAAAACCUCCAAGACUAGAGACUGGAGGCGAUUUUUUUCUCAGAGUGGAUUAUCUUGUGCAUUGUAGAAUUUUCUGCUGGGAUUUGGACUGUCGAACAGAGGCAGAGAUGACUGGCUAUGGUGGAUGGAUUUCCAUACUAUUGAGUCAGGUCCUCUAAACUUGGGUCUUGUGUUUUUGUUUUGUUUUGUUUUGUUUGGCUUCACACACUGGACUUAUGCUGAGCUGAAAUGCAGCACGUUGUGAGCAGCAAUAAUAAUGCAAAAUACAAUCUCAUCGACAUGCACACACACACACACUCAGACACACACACACACACACACACACACACACACACACACACACACACACACACAUACACACACAUACACACACACACACACACACAGGCACACUCUUACACAAAGACUUAUGUACAAUGUACUGUGCAGGGACUUUUAUUUUGUACAAAAAAUAGAAAAGAAGAACAAUAAGAGAGUAUGAAGAGCACACAUAAUGAUCAUGUUCUGUCGGUUUUUCACCUGCUGUGAAGAAUGGCAUUGGCUCAAGGUCAAAGCAGAUGAACUUGCUUGCAUGGACACGUCAGAGAGUAUUUCCCGCCCCCCUUUCUCCCCCUUUUUGAUCUUUUAAUUAACUGUUAAGUCACUGUUUAAUUCAACAUUAAGAAACCGUUAAUUAACCGUUAAGAAACCGUUUCUCCUCUCGCUCUAAUUUAAAUUGCUCUGGGUUUUUUUGGGUUGUUUAUUUCAUUCACAUGCUUUGGAAGCCGAGGUUAGAGUGUGUACUGUAUGUAAGAUCUUAACCCCUUUUUGCUUGCGUCAGGUUUCUAAUCAGUAGACCUGCUGUGUUUUCAGCCCUGGGAUGGAAGAAAAAUAAAUAUAAUAUUUAUAUGCAA